CGGCAGGGUUGACCCUUGACAGAUUGGCUGAAGAUGUCCGCAAGGCAAUUGGCCAUAUUCACGUGCAGCAGCUUACUGUUCGCAUCGCUCAUUGGCGCGAGCGGCACUAUCAUUCUUCCUACCAGAUACCAAGUCAAUGCAGGCUUUACGAACUAUACCAGCCAUGGCAAUGCAUCGUGCUUUACACUGGACCAAACCAACCCGUUGGUGACUCUAGACUACGGCACCGAGAUUGGAGGCUUCCCUUUUUUCGAUGUAGACUCGUUAUCCGGUGCGGUCCAGAUUGAGGCCAAGUACACCGAGCCCAUGACUGGCCUCGAUGCUCCUUUCGGCGAUGGUCCUUGGACGUUCGCCAAUGGUUUAUCCAACACCUUCCGUGUCGAAACGUUCAAUGUAACCUCGACUGGAAGGAUGGAGUCCUUUUUCAUUCAAGGCGGUCUUCGCUGGCAAAAUCUCUUGCUCCUCACCGAGGGCAGUGUGCGCAUUUGCCAAGCAGGGAUUCGAUCGGGCAAUGAUCGUACUCCUGUCAACGAGCUACCCGGCUUCUUCGAAAGCUCCAAUGAUCUGUACAACGAGAUCUGGGCCUUGGGGCCACGGACAGUUCAGCAAGCAUGCAUUGCCGCCAAUACUGCCCCGUCCACAUGGGAGGUCACGGCUGAUGGAGUCUAUCUGCGUGGGCAGCAACCUGCUCAGUCGGUGAUGGGGGCGUCCUUUGCGAACUACACCAUGACUUUUCAUACCAAAAUUAUCCGCGGAGGGACCGGCUGGAAGGUCGCCACGGGAGUCGGCGGAUUCGGGCCAUAUUUUGUUCUGACUAGUGAAUAUCCUCCUGGCUCGACAUUCGUCAAUACCAAUCGGACGAUUGUGCCGCCCAACACACUGGCUGUGGGCUACGGCUGGAACCUGGUCAACCAGACGUCGCUCACUACCGGCAAGGUCAAUCACUAUCCUUUACCAUUCAAUGUCAAAGAGGGCGACUGGUAUGAGGUUUCAACGACUAUCAAUGCAACUGGAUACGGCGUUGUCGUUAAUGGAACCGAGAUAUUCGUGGCCCUCGAUGACCUGCAGAUAGUAUCCGGCUCUACCGGUGGCUCAGGGAGUCUCACGGGCGGAACCUGGGGGUUUGGACCUUAUCAAGAUCAGAUUGCGUUGGUCAGAGAUGUGGAAGUCCAUGCGCAGAAUGGCACCCUGCUAUAUGAGAACCCGAUGACAUCCAGCUCCGUUCUGGAAGAAUUCGGGGUAAUGGCUAGUAACCACUCCGUCUGUCUGGAUGGGGCCAAGAGAGACCGUCUCGUCUGGUCAGGCGAUUUCGUACAUACAUAUCGGGUGAUUCAGUCCAGCACAGAUCGUUCAGAUUUUAUAGUCGGGUCCCUGGAGUAUUGGCUGGAUCGUCAAGCCUCGAAUUCCUCCGAGUACAGUGGCUAUUUCAGCAUGUCGCCCGCCAUGGGCCAAUCGGCAAAGUAUGUCAACACCUACAAUGCUUUUGGUCUUCUGGACUAUCAGCUAUUCUUCCUUCAGGCAUUUGCUGGGUACUACCGGCACUCUGCGGACCAGGACUUUGUGGUCAAACAUUGGUCCCAGAUCAAGGAAGGGGUCGAAGCCGUUCUGCCGCUGAUUGAUGAGCAAUCCGGACUGGCGGUCGCUACCGACAUAGGUGCGUUUUUCUCGGGCUCCAGCAACGGCACUGCAGUGUCGGCUCUUCUAGCGGACACCCUGAGUCAAAUGGCCGAGAUUGCUUCGGUGGUGGGUGAAAACGAUGUUGCCGAGACCUGGACCCGGUCAGCCAAUUCGAUCAAAGACGCGAUUCGCGACCAACUCUGGAACGCCCAGCUGGGCUUUUACGCAGUCGAUCUGAGCGACUCGACCGAGCAGUCUAUUACCGGCAGCGCCUGGUCCAUCCUUGCCGGCAUCUCCAAUGCCACCCAAGCCGAGUCCUCCAUUGCGGCCCUAUCGGCCCUUCGUCUUGGCGUCGGCUACAAGACCUCCACGUCCGUUGCCAACGCGUCAACCACCGAUCUUGCGCCUUUCCUUUCCGGCUUCCUUCUCGAGGCAAUUCUCCAGGUCAGUCGCAAUAGCUCGCAGGCAAACCAAUCGAGAGCCACUGCCAUCAGCGUUCUUCUUGAUCAGCUCUGGGCGGCGAUGGUGAACCAAGACGAAUACUAUACCGGUGGCACGUGGGAAUAUGUAUACCCCGAUGGCCGCCCCGGCCUGGACCUGUACACAUCGCAUGCGCAUCCCUGGUCCGCGGCCCCGACGUAUGUUCUCACGGAAUAUGUUCUGGGCAUCCAAGCCACCUCGGCCGGGUUUUCCGAGUGGGCUUUCCGCCCGGCGAUGCUCGACGUGAAUGUCUCGUGGGCGCGGGGGAGGGUGCCGACUCCGAAUGGGCCGAUCCGGGCAAGCUGGCAGUUGGGGCAGAACGGCACGGUGCAGCUGAAUGUAUGUGCGCCGAAGAAUACUACUGGUAUCGUGAGCGUGCCAUUUGCGGUUCAAUCGUAUACCGUGAAUGGGAAGGACGGGACGGUCGUGAAGGACAAAUUAGACGUUAGAGUUUCUGGGGGAUCGUGUGCUGAUGUGUAUAUCGUGAGGAAAUGA